AUAUGUUGUAAGAUAAACUAUUCAGUGUUUGAAAGACUUUUCAGAGUUAAAGGUGCACUGCAAUUACAGAAACUUUAAUUGGGUUUUAUUGAAGCUGGAAUAAUUUGGAAAUCUGUACUAGAGACAUAUAUUUCAAUCAUGAGCACUAAAGUACCCAGAAGAUCCAUGUCCUUUAGGUCUUCUAUUUCUGUGCGAUCAUGUAGAUCAGACAUUCAACGGUCAAGGGAAGAUUGCAUUAAGCUACUUAAAGAACUAAGCAAAUAUACUGCCCAUUACGAAAUGUUGAUGAUUGCCUUGGGAACAACAUGUGAUAAUGACAGCUUAAGAAAGGAAUUGCGAAGAACACAAGGCAGGGCUUAUGACUUGGUCUUACAGAAUAAGGCCAGGCUUAUGCCAUACCUACGGAACAACAGUGCAGCUUGCACAACCAUUUCCAAAGAAGACCUGCAAGAGUUUGAACGUCUUUGGAGCAUUUUUAUGUCAUGCUUAGAAAGUUUAGAAAGCCAUUUAUGCAAAACUGUGAUGUUACAAAAAGCCUUUCCACUUCAUCAAGGAAACCUAGUGGAGCUGAUAGCAACUGGCCUUUUAGAAGGAAAUGUGGGACAAAAUAAAAAACAGAUUUCAUAUAUUGAAAGAACAGAUACAGCUGCUGAUAAAAAAGUAUCAGAGAAAGAAGAUUUGGAUAUUCUUGAGAGAGAUGUCCUUGAUUUUCGAGAAGUUUUGAAUGAAUGCUCUCAACUUGUAGACCACAAGCCUUGGACAGUAGAACCAGAUCUUGAAACUGUGGAGACAUUGUAUCGAUCUUGCUCAGGAAGUGACGGUUCUUCAGUUGGAGGUGGUGCAUCUGACACUGAACUUAGCAGUCAAAGCAGACGAAAGUGUAUAUGUUUGACCACAGUGGUGUUAGCCUGUGCUAUAGUAUUUGUGACAAUCCUUGGAGUGUGUGUUGCACUUUUAGGGCAUGACACUUCUGGUUCAACAUAGCAGAUCCCUGAGGCAUGAAUUUUGUAUACUUAAGUAAGUUUCCUUUUAAAACACUGCACUUCUAGUGCAGCACAGCAGUUCCAAGAUAUCUAUUCAGUGCACUGGGAGCAUACAGAUGAGAGAUGUUGGCAUGAUAGCAGUUCCUGCUCAUUCAUCCUGUAUAUACUGAGAGUGUAAAGCAAAUGCUUUUGGGUUAUAGCAAUUCUAGGGCAACAAAGCUCAUCUAAGAUAUUUGUUAUACAACAUGGAUAUCUAUCCAUAUACUGCGGUUUUGUGUUGUAUAACAAUGUUAUUAUGCCUUGAAUAAGUCAGACAAACCAGCAAUAGCAAGGUAUACGUUACAUCCAUUCAUGCUUCUCACUGUGUCUAUGACAUACACAUCACUGGUGGCAAUAUAUCUAUUCCAUAUUUCUCACAAUACUAAGAGUACAGCUGCAUUGUUAGCUAGGGCAUGUCACCCAUGAUGAACAUUAUGAAUGUUUGUCACAGAUCUUUGCAACAUGAUCGCUGCCACUAUAGAAACUUUCUUAUAUUGGUUUGGAGCAAAAAAAAGUAGUCAUUUGAAUAUUUAGUAGUAUAAAAUUUUGCACACAUUAUAUAAACUGUAGGAAGACAGAUUGGUAGAAUUCAACCUAUUGUUAAAGUGUGCAACAUCUGACAGGAUCUUAUAUAAAAUAUACAGACACUAAGUAUGUCUUUCUUGUCACUAUAGUCAUCAGUUCCUAUAACUGCCAAACCAUAUGUUUUAUUUUCAAUUUACUGGGUAGCAUUGUUUGGUUAUUAAGUGUUCCUUUCAAAAAUUAGCAUGAUUGGAAUUUUUUACAAAAAAAUUUGUUUUGUUUAAAUGCCAAACUUUUUUGGUGUUUGGUUUUGGAUCUGUGUCAGAAGAUUGGUGAAAAUAAAUGCAUUCUUUUAAAUUUGCAUCUGCAUAUUCAAGUAUGUUGGAUUAUAGUCAAACCAAUUGAGCAUAUACAUAAAAACCCUAUUGAUUAAUUACACUGUAUCCCCUAUGCAGCACAUGUAUACUUAUGGAAACCAUAAACUAUAAAUAUGUUGAAACCAGAGUUGGCUGGGAAGCAGUGCAUCAGUCGUUGAAUGGUGACUAUGGGAUUUGUACUCCUUGUGUAUGAGUAAUGGGCACUGAGAUUAAAACUGAGUGUGUUGGUUCAUUGAAACAGAUGUUAAUGACUAUCGGGAUAAUUGAUGAGGUGGUAUGAAGCUGCAGUGUCAUUUCAGAUUAAUUGAUCACAUGAAAUGUGGCAAUUAAUUUACGCCAAAAUGUUAUUAAGGGCAAACCAUGAUAGAUAUUUGUUCAUGUAUAUUUGUUAUAAUAUGAAAUAUGCAUAUUACCUGUUUUGAACACUAAGAUCUCAUAAGUUAGAUCAUUAGAAUACAUCAAAGGAGAACAUACAUAAGAUCUCAAAGAGAAGUAAAGUGUGCUAAAAUUUCAUUGUCCAUGCUUAUGUGGCACAACACUAUUCAUUGUCAAAGCUCUUACAACAUAGUUUAUGAGAAGAAUGCCAUUUUAAGCAACAGAAUUUAUCUUAAAAAAAGCAAUUGACGUUUUUUAAUGUG